GUGUGUGGUGUGGGAUGGAAAAGACAGAGAAAAGAGAAGAAGAGGGUCUCUUUCUUUUUGGAGUAUUGGGUCAGGUUCUUCUUUUAGAAGCAAUGCAAUGCCAAAGUUACUCACGCUCUCUGAAAAUGCUGCAGCACUAGGCAUGAAAAAACAACACCUUCUUCUUCUUCUUCUUCAAAUACUAGUACUGCUUCCCUUCUUCUUCUUCUCUCUCACCUUCUUCUCCAACUACCUCUCUUCUCUCCUUCCAUGGCGGGCUUGAUCGAUCUCAACACGGCUGAGGACGAUGAAACGCCGUCAUCUGGUGGCUCUUCUUCCACCUCUGCCACCAGCAUGAGUAUUACUACUGCAACCCCUUCUGCUUCUUCUGUGUGCUUGGAGCUCUGGCAUGCGUGUGCGGGUCCUAUGAUCUGUCUUCCGAAGAAAGGAAGCGUUGUUGUGUACUUUCCUCAAGGACACUUGGAGCUGGUUCAGGAUCUUCAGCUUCUUCUCCCGAACAUUCCACCCCAUGUGUUCUGUCGUGUUGUUGAUGUCAAGCUUCAUGCAGAGGAAGGGAGUGAUGAAGUGUAUUGCCAGGUUUUGUUGGUUCCUGAAAGUGAGCAAGUGCAGCAGAAGUUGCAGGAAGGGGAAGUUGAUGCUGAUGGUGAAGAGGAGGAGGAUACUGAAACUAUGAUGAAGUCAUCAACACCCCACAUGUUCUGCAAGACUCUCACUGCAUCUGAUACUAGUACUCAUGGUGGAUUCUCUGUGCCUCGUCGAGCAGCGGAAGAUUGCUUUCCUCCCCUGGAUUACAGUCAACAGAGACCUUCACAAGAGCUUGUGGCAAAGGAUCUGCAUGGCCGGGAAUGGAAGUUCCGUCAUAUUUACCGGGGGCAGCCACGGAGACAUUUGUUAACAACCGGAUGGAGUGGAUUUGUGAACAAGAAGAAGCUUGUGUCUGGAGAUGCUGUUCUGUUUCUUAGGGGUGAAGAUGGAGAACUGAGAUUGGGAAUUCGUAGGGCAGCUCAAUUGAAUAAUGGGUGUACCUUUUCUGCUCUCCCGGGCCAGCAAUUGAAUCAUAGCAGUCUUACUGAUGUGUUUAAUGCUUUAUCUACAAGAAGUGCCUUCAGCGUUCACUACAAUCCAAGGGCCAGCUCAUCUGAGUUCAUCGUACCUAUCCACAAGUUCUUAAAGAGCCUUGAUUAUUCUUAUUCAGCUGGAAUGAGGUUCAGAAUGCGUUUUGAAACCGACGAUGCUGCAGAGAGAAGAUGUGCAGGAUUAAUUGUUGGAAUUACUGAUGUGGAUCCUGUUAGAUGGCCUGGAUCAAAAUGGAAAUGCCUACUGGUAAGGUGGGAUGACUUAGAAGCCACAAGAAAUAAUAGGGUUUCCCCAUGGGAGAUUGAGCCAUCUGGUUCUGCUUCCAUCCCCAAUAACUUGAUGGCAGCUAGUUUGAAGAGGACCAGGAUUGGAUUGCCUUCAACACAGCUAGAAUUUCCAGUUCCCAAUGGGAUGGGAGCAUCAGACUUUGGGGAAUCACUAAGGUUCCAGAAGGUCUUGCAAGGUCAAGAAAUUUCGGGCGUUGAUACUACUUUUGAUGGUAUUAAUGCGCCGAGUCACCAAUCGUAUGAAUUAAGGAGAUGUUAUCCUGGUUCAAACUACCCUGGGAUUUCAUCAACAGGAAGCAGCAUCAGAAUCCCUCAAAUGAGUUCUGAUGUUUCCUACAACAGCAUAGGCUUUAGUGAAUCUUUCCGAUUCCAGAAGGUCUUGCAAGGUCAAGAAAUACUUCCUAGCCAACCAUAUGGAGGAGCCUCUGGUUAUGAGGCUUGUGGAAAUGGUGGCUUUGGAGUUUUUGAUGGUUACCAGGUGCUGAGAUCCAGAAAUGGAUGGUCAACCCAUAUGAACAACCAUCCUUCACAUUUGCAUCAAUCUGUUCCAGCCGGGCAAGUUUCAUCUCCUUCAUCUGUGUUAACGUUUCAGCAAUCAAUCAAUCAAGGUGUGAACUUGGAGACCAAUAACAAAACCAAUCAGGUGAUGGAGGGUAGAGUCCACCACCAAGGCUUAUAUCCUUCAACAAUGAAAGGUGGAACGUUUGUAUCAACCCCCUCUUGUGAGCCUAGUUUCCGCCGGCAAGCUCAGGAAGAUGCUAAUUCUUUGGGUUUUAUAAAUUUGCAUAAUCAGUUGGAUAGUUCACACUCACAUGAUCCUAUUUCACUACUGAGAGGCCCUCAAGAGGUGGUUUCCUCAUGUAAAAGUAGCUGCAGAGUCUUUGGUUUUUCAUUAACUGAGGGUGCUCGCAGUGCAAAUGAGGAGGCUGACCCAUCUACAGUCACUUGUCAAUUAAAUCCUGGAACUUCUUUUAUCAGACACGUCGAAGAUGAUUUCCGUCCAAGGCAUUCGCUUCGGAGCAAGGCAGUUGGAAAAUAUUGUAGCAAAGAAGUGCUGCAGUAUUGAGUUGAAAAUCAUGAUGUAUGCCAGCCCUGACGCUGGCUUGAGGUAGCAAUGAUGUCCGUAGCUGUUGAAGUUAUGUGUUUUACUAUAAUAAUGACUUAUUUUGGUUACUAGACAAUUGUUGUACCUAUUCGCCAAAUUUAGGCAUUUAUCUUAAAUUGGCUAUGAGCCUAUGACCACAUUCAAAGUCCUUGUAUUAAUCUUUUGUGCACUCUUUUAUUGACCUAUAUUGAGGCACCUCAAUCCAAUGCAUAUCUAUCCACGUUUUUGGUCA